AUGGGUUGCUUGUGUUCAAAAGAAGAAUCAGUUUUAGAAUUUGGAAACUUCCCACGUAUGACAGUUUCUUCUGUUGCAGAUGGCAACCAAAUUCUUGGUCAGAAGUAUCCGGAGGCACCCCUUUUAAAGGAAGUUAAUUUCGCUGUUAUCAGUGAUGACGAUAAUCUCAUAAACGACGAAGAAAUUAAUAAUAUAUUAGAAGAAGACUCAGAUGAAUAA